CACAAAGAAAGGAGAGAUCGGAGGUUCUGAGUUUAUCACAACCUCCACCUUCUGACUUACUUUUUUUUUUUUUUUUUUUUUCCUGUCUUAUUUUUGCUAUCAUUAUGAACUUAACAGUUAACAAUUUGAGCGAUACAUCUAGUUUAAAAGCAUUAAGUGAGAAGCCUUUGAUUGUGCAGGUAGUGGUGGGGAUUCUCAUGUAUGUGAACGGACUGAUGAUUUUCACCUUUCUGAAGAAGGAAACCUUCAGGGACACACGCUACAUUCUGUUUGCUCAGACUCUUUUUGUAGACUCUGCUCUUAUGCUGUUGGCUUAUAUAACACUUAUGUGGAUAUUUUUCCAGUACCCCCUGCAAAUUAUUCCUUGCUGUAUUAUCUGCACAAUUAUGAGUUGGCUCUCUCUUUGUUCACCCAUAACUCUUGUAGCAAUGUGUUUGGAGCGCUAUGUGGCGAUAUGUUUGCCUUUAAGACAUGCCAGCAUCUCCACCCCCAAAAACACUUUCAUUGGGCUUCUCAUCAUAUGGAGUGUCAGUUUUGUUCUCCCACUGUUUAUUCUUAUAGUCUAUUUUGCUUAUCUUCCUCCAGGUGACAUGUUCUCAUAUGUUAUAUGUAGUGGGGAGAUCAUGUUACAGGUCAAAUGGCUGGCGGACAUGAGGGCGGCGACACUACAGCUCUUAUUCAUUAUGAUGUUGUGUUUUAUUGUCUCCACCUACAUCAAGAUUAUGAUCGCUGCCAGGUCAGCCUCCUCUGAGAACAAGAAGUCAACAAAUAAGGGUCUAAAAACUGUUCUUCUCCAUGGCAUUCAGCUGCUUCUGUGUAUGGCGCAGCUUAUAACCCCUUAUAUAGAAAUGUAUUUUUGGAAAUUAGAUGUCAUGCUAUUUUUGCAUGUAAGGUACUCAAAUUUCAUUUUGUUUGUGAUCUUGCCUCGUUGUCUGAGUCCCUUAGUUUAUGGAUUACGAGACAAAAAGUUUUAUAAUGCUCUUAGAUAUUAUGCCUUUUGUGGCAUUUGUAAUCAGCAAAAAAUACGAGAUGGUAAAACCUUGAAAGAUGUACUAAGCAUUCCCAUACACAAUUAAACCUCACACAAUAUUGUUUCAUUAAAAUAAACAGCACCAAUGUUUAGCAUUCAUUUUAAUCAUAUAAAAUAACUUGUUUAUAAAUGUACUUUGGCUUGCAGCGGGUAUGCUGAUGACAAAAUAUACUUGAUGUUUAUUAUUUAUAUAUUUAUUUAAAAACAUUUAAUUAAUUAAUAUAAUUAUAAUGUUAAUGUUUAAAUAUUUAACUUUGUAAUAUUUAAUAAUUUAACUCUAAAUAAACCUGUCAAAUAUAGCAAUAUAUAUAUAUAUUGAUGAACAAGCCUUGGAAAAUUGACAUCUUCCCUAUUUAUUCAAAUUGUAUUAUUAAAAAUGUGUUAAUUUUGUAAGCAUAUUGCAUAGUUAUGAUUGGAGUCAAUUGUUUUAUUUGUCAUAAUGGAAUGAAGCAUGACAAAUUAUGCACACAUAAUUUUUUGUGUGUGUAUAAUUUUGGACAACUAAGUUAUUUUAUUUAUUAAAUCUGUACCAAUGAAUAUCUUCCAAUUCCAUCUGUUCAGAAUGAAAAACCAUUUUAACAUUUUAACAGACCUGGAAUUAUUAUGAAAAAGAUAAUAUAAGAUCUAGACUGUGUUUUUGGUGUUCUACCACAAGGCUUUAAAAUAAUAAUAUAUUCAGGUAACUUAUAAACUGCCUUUCCUAAUUCCUGUUCCUAUUGAAUAUGAUGUUGUAUAUGCACGUUUAAUGUGUGCAUUACUAUUAAUAAUAUAACUAAAAGAGGGGGGAAAAUGGCUCUAAAGUGACCCCAAAGUAGAUUACACAACACAACAGCUCACCAGCAUCAGUAGGUUAGUGUCAUAUCUGCUCCUGCAGUAUCUCUUACUCACCACAAGAUGUCACUGCCCACCGUCUAUCUAAAUAUUCUAAACGUUUCUGAGCUCUUCUACGCCAUUAGUGUUGCCCGAUUGGGUGGUUUUGAAUUAACAUACACUCACACUGAAAAAAUAUUUCAGGCUAAACUUAAGUUUUAUGUAAUUGAAUUACAUACAAAUUUUCCAUCCAUUUGGAUUACAUAUUUUUUACAUAAAUAAACUAAUAAACUUAAUGUGAUUCAUAUUUUUAAGUCAUAUGUAAAUGAAAUAGGUAAGAUUUAUCUAAUAGUAUGCAGAAAAAUGCCCGGGCUAUAUAACACUGCUUAGUGUUCAUGUGUUUGCGCACUACUGAGUUAUAGUACCAUUGAAGCAGUGUCAGAGUUAAUGAGAUAAUUAAGUGAUUAAUUGAGUGAUGAUUGACAAUUAUUGAAGACACCUGAUGAUAACAAGCAGAAUCACUGAAGGGGAAAAUCACAAUUUUUAAGU